AUGGCAGAGACAGACGCAACGAUUGCUCGAGUGGCCGUCAAAAUACCAGAUUUCAUUUUGUCAGAUCCCGAACUUUGGUUUGCUAUGGUCGAAGGUAGUUUCGCCAGCGCGGGAAUCACAGCUGACAGCACGAAAUUCGGCUAUGUGGUUGGAACAUUACCGCCGAAAUAUGCAGUUGAAGUCAAAGACAUAAUUAUGACGCCACCCUCGGACAGUAAGUAUGUCAAAAUUAAAUCUGAAUUAAUAAAGCGUCUUAGUGCCUCCCAAGAGGAAAAAACACGUCAACUUCUGGAGCGUGUUGAGAUUGGUGACCGUAAACCGUCACAAUUUUUACGCCACCUCCAAAACCUGGCUGACUCUUCCGUUCCGGAAACAUUAUUAAAGACAUUUUGGAUGGGCCGCCUACCAAAAAGUAUACAAGUGGCGUUAGCAAUAGUUAAAGAGAGUAAGCUUGAAGAAUUCGCUGUCCAUGCAGACAAUAUCGCGGAUGCAUCUGGUCCUUUGCUACCUCAAAUAGCAGAGACAUCGAGAAGUGACACUCUUGAAGCCAUGCUGAAUCUUAAAAUUUCUCAGCUUACCUUGAAUAUAAAUCAGAAAAUUGCGACGUUGAGAAGUGAAGUGGCAGCGAUCGAUACUCGUCCUUCGCGUAAUCCGGACUCAAGACCAAGUACUUACCGCUCAAGAUCUCGAUCUCGGAGCCGUACUCUCCAUGGUGCAGAUGGAUUAUGCUGGUAUCAUUGGCGUUAUGGAUCACAAUCGCGAAAAUGCAAGGAACCUUGUACCUAUAAUUCAGGAAAACGUGACGGGUCAUCACUGAUGACGGCCAGUGAGACCAGUCCGUCCCCGCGCCGUCUAUUCAUUACUGAUCGAACUUCUCAAACUCAAUUUCUCAUCGACACGGGUGUCGACCUAUGUGUUUAUCCACGUAGUGCUGUUCCAGACCGUCGAGUAAAAUCCGAUUACGUCUUAUCAGCAGCCAAUGGCACGCUUAUUAACACCUACGGUACUAUCGCGCUCAGCCUCAACUUCGGACUUCGUCGAGAUUUCACUUGGAGAUUUGUGAUCGCGGAAGUAUCCAAACCCAUCAUUGGUGUGGACUUCUUGAAUCAUUACAAUCUUUUGGUAGACGUGCGUAAUCAAUGUCUUUUAGACGGUGUUACACGACUCACCGCUCAUGGUCACGCUGUUGAAUCCUCCAUACCAUCCAUAAAGAUUGUCGUGGGAGAAACGAAAUAA